CCAAAUCUGCCCUCUGGCGGCCGUCUUGGAAUGAGAUGAAGACAGCAGUUGCGCGUCUGUGGCACGUCAAUACCUCAAAAGCAUGGUACGUCACCCUUCUCGAUAGCAUGUGCUUUUCGAAGAUAUUUCACUGCCAUGUCUGGUGCAGUGCCGCACGGCUGUCACUUGCAGGUCCUCUGCGCCUUUACAACCCUCGCAUCUUUACGGCAUACCUAUCUCACACUGCCCUCGGGGACGAGUUUACCAGCAACUUCCAACAGUCUUUCUGCUCUUCACAUGUAGAGUUCACUGGGCCAUCUACGUUACCUGCAACAGAUCUUUCUCACACCUCGUGCAAGCUGUGUUGUCAUUCCUAUAAAUACUCUCCUUCCCCUUCUUCCAGGAUUUCCAUUACUUCCAUAUCCAUCUACAUCUCUUUACCUCAAGUCAGGCUCUUUCUCCCUCCAUAGCACUUGCUCAAAGCCCUUUGAUCAAUCUGAGGCCGCAGAUCUCUGCCUCGUUGCUUUUCUAGCCAGAUUGUGAUUUGUUUCCCGCUCAAGUCUGUCGAUCUUCAUCCCUACUCUUCUGCAUUCUCGAUUUCUGAAUUCAUACAACACCACGGCAGCACCAUGGUUGGGUCUUCUGAGCUCUCUGGCCAUGCGCCAGACAAACCAGACAAUUGGGUCAUCGAUCUCACAGAGGACUCCGACGACGAAGUCACCGAGAUCGAUCCUUGGACACUUCCCUCGCCCAAACCGGCUAUCAAGCGGGAACAAUCCGAGGAACCAGUCGAAGUUGUUGAGCCAUCGUCUGCCGUGCCCACAGAGCCAGUUGAUAAGUCUGAAGUUCUCGGAAAGGCUGAAGGUCGUCCCUGUGAUACGGGCGUACUAUCAGAGCAGUCUUCCAAGCACAAACUUGCAUCUGGCAAUGGCGACGAUGCAAAUACAGCGAAGGCUUCGGUCGAACCUGACUUGCCUGGCCAAGACAACAAUUAUGUCAUAACGACACAACCGCAGCAAGGAAACGACCCGAUCCAGAAUCAGGACGAUGCCACACCAGCUAAGAACAUCUUUAACCAAAAUGUACCUGCUUUGGGCAAAGACAACGCUUCAUGCGCCACACAGGCGUUUGAGAAUGACUGGCCUGUCGUGAAUGAUGAACAUGCCACGACUGCUGAACAACAACCAGAUGCUGGACAGCUUGCGGUUAGCAACGACGAUACCACAGCAUCCGAGCAGCCGUCUGAAGCUGCACUUGUCAUCCAAGAAACACCAGAUGCCCUAACCAACGAGCAGUUCUUUGGACCUGAAACAUCUUUGCUGGACGACGAAAAUGCCCCGGCCGUAGAUGAGACUUUCGAAUUCGAUCUAUCUGCAAUGCCUGAGGACGCUUCUACAGAACGAGAGCAAACAACGGAAUUUGAGCUGCCAGUUCUGAACGAUGUCCAGAUCGAAGACUUCGCUGCACUGCAGGCCUUCACCGAGAACAGUGCCAAGUUCGAUAGCGAUGUGGACCUUGCCAAUGGAGAAGACGCGGCCGAACCUGCACCUCCUCCCCCUGGUGAACGUCAGCCCGUUAACGGAGAUGUCGAAAUGCUCGAUUGGAACACUGAACUGGACGAAAAUUACAUGGCUGCCAAUGAAGAGAACGAGAAGAAAAGGGCUGAGUUCGCAUGCCUCAAAAAGGAGUUUGAGCGGAAGAAAAGUGAAGAUGAAGUUACACAAGAGGAAGAAAUCCGGUUUGCGGCCGCCGAAGCUGCAGAACAAGCACGGCUCCGAGACUUCGAACGAAGCCAGAUGGAGGUGGAGGAAACCGCGGAGGCACCAGCCCUCCCUCCAGGUUACGAAGAGGAGGACACCUUGUUCAUUCCUGAAGUGCCAGACCUUGCAGAAUGUCCUCAGCCCAAGAAGAGAGCUGGUCCAAAACCGAAGAAUCGUAUCAAUGCAAAGGAGCUGCGUGAGGCAAUGUCUGCUGGGCUUGUGGCUGGCCAAGCUAAUGGCAGGAAGCCUAAGCGAAAAGCUCGGAACGACGGCGGACAAUCGAGAAAGAGAAGACAGAACCCAGGCCCCAAAAAGCAAGCCAACAAGCGAGGAAGAAAAGGAGGGCCCAAUCCUGAACUGACCAAUCUUCAAAGUCUGGGGAGAACCAACGUCGUCCGCGCGGCUCAGGCCAACGCCGAUAGACCUGACAUGCCAACCUUUACUUCCAAAGACAAGAGCAAAGCCCUGAAAGAGUUGAUCGCGAGCAUUCCUACCGCGGAUCAAAACUCCCACAGUUCGGAAAGAAACGCUAUCCUGGAGGCGACCAAGAAGUUCAAGGGCGGCGGCCGUGGCGCGGUUCGAUCUGACGGCCAAGGCGGAUGGAAGCUUCGAGGAAUGGAGUCUUCCUUAUAUCACCACCAACUGCUAGGUGCGGCCUUUCUACGUGACCGCGAGCGUAGUGAUACGAGACCAUAUGGCGGCAUGGUGUGCGACGAAAUGGGUUUCGGCAAGACCAUCCAAAUGAUCGCAAACAUGCUCGAAGGCAAACCAGACGAGGGCAGUCCAUUCAAGACGACAUUGAUCGUAGCACCGCCUGCCCUGGUCCACCAAUGGAUGGUAGAGAUGGACAAGCACGUCAAAGACAAUGCUCUAGGACGCAUUCUUCGAUACCAUUCCGGCUCUCGGCUUUUGAGCAACGACGUCGUCUCAGACCUCCAAGCAUACGAUGUGAUCCUCACGACCUAUGGCGAAGUCCAGCGAAGUUAUCCGAUGACUGAUCCGCCCAAGCAUUUGUCCUCCGAAGCCAAGAAGAACGAAUGGUGGAAGAACUUCUAUCUGGAGCACUGUGGCCCACUGCACAAGAUGAAAUUCCAUCGUAUCGUCCUCGACGAAGCUCAUGCCAUCAAGACCCACACGUCCAAGACCUCUGUCGCUGUCCGCGCCUUAACUGGCACCUUCCGUUGGGCCAUUACAGGCACACCUAUCAUGAACUACAUCGAAGAAUUGUAUCCAUACUUCUCCUUCCUGAAGGUCCCUCAUACGGGCAACUACCCAACCUUCUGCCACAACUACUGCGACAACCGGUCCGCCCGCGAGCCCGUGGACAUGGGCCGAAUCCACAACAUCCUACGCGCCAUCAUGCUGAGACGUACUCACGUUGACAGUCUGUUUAACGCGCCGAUCGUCAAACUGCCAGGUAUCUCCCACACGACACACAUGGUAGAAUUUAACUCGGUCGAGCGCGCCAUCUACAAUAUGGUCAAGCGCCGGUACAUCCACCAAAUCAACUCGUACUCUGCGUCUGGUGAAUUGACCGCGAAUUACCGCAACGUCCUCACUAUGCUUCUGCGUCUCCGGAUGCUCUGCUCACACAUCUUCCUCUGCCAAGAAGCCCUCAAGCAAAUGUUCGUUGCCGCGGACAUCGAGACCCUCUGGCGGAUAACUUCUAAGGAAGUCGAGACCGCUGACCAGGAUGCUCCGCGCGUCAGCACGCUCGUCGCUCUGCGCAAGAUGCUUCAGGCCAAAGACAAUACCAUCGUGACCUGCCAGACUAAAGAAGGUGCUCAGUCCGUCGCAGCGACCCCCGAAGCCGACACGAAUGACGACCUCCGCACUGGCGCAGCUUUUGGCCUGACUUUCAAGUUCCGGCGCUUUCUGCGUACGCUCACGGAGUCAAACACUUGGACCGAGCUACAUUUGCGCUCCAUGUGCGCCAAGUGCCGCCUUCCGCCCGAUGAACCAAUGUGCACAUCGUGCUUCCACGUGUACUGCAAAGAAUGCCUCGCGGCCAUGGAGUUCGAGCGUCAGCAGCGCGAGGAGGAGAAGAUCGCGUGCAUCGAGUGCGGCGCGCACUUUGAAGAGACCUCACCUUGCUCCGGCCUCCAGGAACUCGGUUUCAACAGCAAUGAAAUUGCGCAGAGAAUAGAGAAACUCAAGACCAAACGUUCCAAGGCCGCCAAAAAUAGGUCUACAGCCGUCGUGCGUCGAGGCAGCGCUAAUCACUCCCAAACCCCGGCUAAAGAUGACGAGGAUGAGCUCCAUGAACCGCCUGACUGGAUCGAACACGGGCAAGUCCUCUCUUCCGCGAAGCUGACCGCUACCAAAGCGGCGAUACUGAACUGGCAGGAGAGGAACCCUCGCGAGAAGAUCAUCAUAUACACACAAUUUCUUGGCCUUUGCCGGAUCCUGGCGCGCAUGUGCGACACCGAGAAAUGGGGAUACGUCAGUUUCAACGGCAAAAUGACGCUGGAAGCUAGAGAGAAAGCCAUUGAGAAUUUCCGCGACAAGGAAAGCGUGAGCAUCAUGAUCUGCAGUCUUCGGGCUGGUGGCAUCGGCUUGAACCUCACAAUGGCGUCCAAGGUGAUCAUUCUGGACUUGUGGUUCAACAGCGCCGUCGAGGCCCAGGCGUAUUGCCGCGCCUUCCGUAUUGGACAGGAGAAGAAAGUUGAAGUGGUGCGCUUCGUGGUCAAGGAUAGCAUCGAUGAGGAUCUGAUCAAGAUGCAGGAUCGCAAGGACGUUGAGGUCUCGGGGGCGAUUGGGCCGGAUAGUCAUGGCAAGCGCGCGACGAUUCAGCAGUUGCUCGAGCUGUUUGGGAGUGUUCAGGAAGGUGAGGGUCAGAAUGAGUUCAUCCUUAUGGAGGAUGAAGAGGAGAGCGAUGAUGAUGAGAAUGUCGAUAUGUCGGAACGUCUGCCUCCUCGACCUUUCUGAGUGAUGGGAAGAGAGCAAACGAAGAGAGAGAGAGGCCAUGUCAGUCGCGUCUUGGUUUCAUUCGAUGGUGAAAAAAGGAGAGCAUAGAGAACAUGGUCAACAUGGGCGCAUAAGAUUAACGACUUGGGCUUGGGCUUGGGCUUUGGUCACUGCUCACAUAUCAUGGGCAUUAUGGGCUGCGCUUACUUCUCACACAUCAUCAUCGGCAUUAUGCGCUUCGAGCAAUACUUUAAACGGCAACACGGGCUAACGGCAUACUCCAAUCCUACUCUCGACCUCGACAUCGGCAUUGGCACUGAUAUGCAAUGACAAAAAUCAACGGCGCUAUGGAGCCUCCGGGCUGGCAAGGAGAAGGACGGACAUGGAGCUUCUACUCAAAAAAGAGACUCAUCUGUGCAAUGAGUGCAUCCCCAUUGCCCCCGUCGGUCAUGUAUCUGAGCUACAAGCUGCAGGCAGGCAGGCAGGCAGGCAGGCAGAAAUGAGCUUAGAAGAGGGGAAAAAUACCCAAACAAAGUAUUGAGCU